CGCGAAAAGUUACUGUGAUAAUCAUUAUUUAGUAUAUAAAUAAUAUAAUAAUUGAGAGAUAAAAUGCGACCAAGAACUGCUCAUUCAGACGUUACCAGUGGUGGAGUUCAUUUACAGAGUGAUGUAUUGAAUAAAAACAACGUAUCAAGGCCGGGAAGUGGGAGCUUCGUUACUCGAUCUAGGGUUUUUAAGUCUAACGAGACAGCUUACCAUACCUGGUUACGCAGAAGUAACGACUUUAGCCCGGCAUACAAUUUAAAAAAGCACCCAAGAGAUUAUAAGAGCGUGCAAACUUUUAAUUUGAGAUCCGGUUGCCAAGUUACACGGUCCGCAAGCCAGCUGCAGGUUCGAAUAGAUCCCGACGAGUUUUUCGAUCCCAAGAUCCCGAAACCACUCGAACCUCAGAUAAGUGCGAAGGAGAUGGAAGUUUUAAUCGAAAGUCUUCAGGAACAAGUUCGGUAUCUUUCAGUUUAUUUAGAAGAAGAGAAACUUCAUCACGCUGGCACAAAAAAGCGUGCAAAAUUGGACAUCGAGCAAACUAUGCUCGAAAUGGAGAAGUCCAAACAGGUGGAACUACAGAGAAUUUUAAAUAAUCAAGCAGAAAUAAUUCAGGAUCUCAAAACUGAACACUCUCAACAACUGGAAGAGCUUGAAGAGGAUUUGAAAGGUCAAUACCAAAGAUUAGAGAAAGAGUAUAAAAUGCUCCAGGCAUCUUUUAAGAAUUACCGCUCCAAAAUUUCCGAGGAAAUGGAGGGAAAAUGGAACGAUAGGAAAAAAGAGUUUGAAUGGGAUAAACAAAGAGCUGUGGAUAAUGCGGUUGACAAUACAAGACGAGCAAUGGAAGAACGUUUUAAUAAAGAACGAAUUUCGAUUCGAAAGGAGUAUAAAGAACUAAUGCAACAAAUGGUGGAUGAUCAACGUAAGGAAAUGGAGGAUUUUAUGCGUAAGAUGAGCGAUGGAAAAUCCAGCAUCGAAGAAUUAAAAGCUAAAGCAGACAAAGCAGAACAGCUCGAAUAUGACCUAAAAGACGUAAAAGACCAACUUCUCGCGGCAAAACGUGAGAUUAAGUUAUUGACACAUGAUUUGAAUGAAACAAAAGCAAACUUGUCGGUUUAUGAACAGAAGUUUGAAGAAAAGGUUGGAGAAGUUGAAGAUAAAUAUAGAAAACGUAUUGACGAUUUAGUCAACGAAGUUUCAGAUUUUCGCGUUCUAUUGAUAAAGAAAGCGGAAACUAUGUAUUUAGAACGUGCGGCUGCUGACGAAUUACAGAAAAAAUGGACGAAUUUUGCAAAAGGGAAGCUGGAAAAACUUUUUCAAAAAACUGAAAAAGCAGCUGAAAUUGAAAAGUCACGAAAUGAUUCAUCAUCACCGAUUGGUGAUGGAAGAAGAAAGAAAGCAAACAAUAAUCCAAUCAGUAAAGUCUUUUUAGAAGAUGUUGGUGGCGGCGGUGAUGGGAUAAUUGUUAAAAAUUUAAAUAAUAAAACAGAGAAUAAAACAACUGAGAUGAAUAUAAUUCCUGAACCUGAGUCUAGAGAAAUCACACCUCCUAGAAAAAGAUCUGGCAAGUCAUUUGGCUUACCUCCAAGAAAAAAUACGAAAGAAAAUACAACAGACUCAAAAACAGAUAACAUAAGUUUGACUAUUGCAACUAGGGACAAAAUUAAACCUCGCUGUCCCCUGACUACGGUUUCGCUGUUAGACACUGCCAACUUACCCUACGUCGACGAUACAGCUGCCAAUGACAUGCCCUUACAAAAUACUUCCCGGCCACAUUCUCCUGAUGUCAUUUUUUAGGAUUAUAAGGUCGUUCAUACAAUACAUAAUGCAUGCGCCGUAGAAAAUAAUGGCUGCCCCGAAAUAAUCAAACAUGACUAAACUAAUUAAACAUGACUAAAAUUGUUUAAGAUACAGUGUGUGAGCGGAGUCAAAGUUUCGAGGUUCAGUUUAUCUGAAUCAAUUAUAAAAUUGCAUCCAUACAAACUUUAACGUAGGUUUGGAAUAUAGACUACUAUGCCACCAACACUGUACGAAAUGAAGUAUAUAGGAUUUUAAAAUGGAGACUCUUUCCUUUCUAAUAUACAUGGGUGUUCUAUAUCCAGUCUUUGGUAAAUAUUUAUAAAAAUUAUUUAUUUUAUAUAUUAUUGGUGUGAUUAUUUUAUCUGCCUUCCCUAUGACACACACUGUUUACAUAUUUGCUUAUUGCUGUCUUGCAUCACCCUCGUACUUUCGCUCUUUAUACUUUCUAACACACAGGCUAAUUGCUAGUCUGAAUGAAUAUCAAUGCGCAAUUACUUACAUACAUAAAUACUUUGAUGUCUGCCCGGUGACACUAUUCAUCAUCCACCGUCUCUGUUUAAUAAGGUUUUGUUUUCAAUUUCAAGUGAUCAUCACGCCUUAUUGUAGGUAAUUUGAAUGUCUU